UCGAGAGGCACUCAAUUAGUUCAGCACAGUUCGUCACGAGGGGAAGCACGCGCUGGUCCCGUCUAUUAUCGCAUUUUUUCCUCUCACAAUCUCUGGUCAAACUGAUAUUCUAAAUAGCUCGCGCUCCUCAACUGUGAAAGUGUUAAUGAAAUGCUGUAAAUCAACGUGCAUGAUCGCGAUCGAUAAGCCGUGUUCAGUGAGUGAAUUUUCCAGUGAUAAGAUUGCAAGUGAAAAGGCUGACAGACUCGCUGAAGUCAUAACAGUUUUAUGUGCGCGCGCUCGUCAAAAUAAACACUUCCAUGUGACAUCAAAGACGCGCAGAAAUCAUGGAGACGAUCAAGAAGAAUGAUCAAAAGGCGAAGAAGAAGAUCAACAGAUCGCAGCUGGGGCCGAACUUUGUUCCAGCCGACGGCGGCUGGGGAUGGAUUGUGGCAAUUGCAGCGGGAUUCUCAAAUCUGUGCGCCCUUCCCGUCCUCCAGCAAUUUGGGCUGCUGUUCAGGGAACGCAUGUCGGCACUCGAGAUCAGCAGCUCGCAGAUCACGACGAUCAUCAACAUGAAUCAGUGCCUGACGUCGUGUAUCGGUCUGGCCAAUGGGCCUCUCUUCCGGCGCUUUACCUACCGCCAAGUGGCCUAUGGCGCGGCACUUGUGAUCGUGACGGGCCUCAUUCUCACGUCACUCGCGGACUCCUUUAUCACAUACCUCUUCACGUUCUCAGUGCUCUACGGACUCGGCACUGGCGUGUCAAUGUCAGCCAAUGCGCUCGCGCUCAACACGUACUUCAGGGAGAAGCGUCGCAUGGCCACCAGCUUCUCCUGGACAGUGACUGCCCUGGGGCCCAUCGUCUUGCCGCACUUGAUCACGUACACCCUCGAUGAGUAUGGGAUUCAAGGUUCCGUAUUGAUAUUUGCGGGCAUCGCUUGCCACACAUUUGCAACUGCGUCCAUUUUUCAGCCUGCGCAGUGGCACAGUCGCACGCCCGGCGGCGACCAGGAAAAUUUGCUCCAGAAGACCGCCAAGGAUGCCAAUGAGGAGUGCGCGUAUUGCAAGAGUCUCAAGGCGAGACAGAACGGAGGAUUUCCCUACUUGUACAACUCCGACGAUCCCAAUGUCACGGGAUACGAGAUCACGGAUCCGGGAACGCCAAUGUUGGCUCUGGCCAAUGACGGAUGGUAUUCCGGAUCGGGCAUGAGAUCGGCUUAUGGCUCGAAGUGGUCGCUGACGUCGCAGAAGACGGGAAAAUUGGAUGUGGAGUCCAAGAAGACCUCAGCCAAAGCCUCUACACAAAAUCUCGUGCUCUCCAGUCGACCUUCUUAUGUGAAUCUUGGUGAAAUGGCCGGAAGACGCGAUCGUCGACCCACGAAGCCCAUGAUUGAGGAGGUUGAGGUGGAGGAUUGUCCGAGUCACAAAGCUCCGCAGGAUUUGUCGGAAAUGGAGAAAUCCACAAUUCCUCCAACUCCAGCUGUUUUCCUCCAACUGCCAACGUCUGAGGAAGCGAAGUACAUUCGAGACAACUACAGUCUUCGAUCUCUGAGGAAUCCACCUGAAUUCGAUCGUCGCCGGAAGUCCAACACUUUCAGUGUGGAAAAGGAGGUGCUGAAGGAAGCCUCCCGGCGUCUUGAGAUCUAUCUGAAUGACGGCAGGAAGAAGAGCGCAGGCGGAGACAAGUGCACCUGCGAGAAGGGCAUCAAGACGCCAAACAACAGCCUGAAAGAUGAACCGAUGGAGUGCAAUGACAAGGAUGAGGAGGAGAUUGACGAGAAGAAGUUCACACUUAUGCAGAAGAUUGUGAUUUUCUUCGAUCUGGACUUACUCAAAGACUUCACUUAUGUCAAUCUCAUGGUUGGCAUCACAGUGGCUAAUUUCGCGGAGAUCAACUUUAGCAUCCUUACGCCGUUUAUCCUGGGAGACUUUGGCUACAGCAAGAAGGAGACGGCCUUGCUGAUGUCCUUGCUGGCUGGAAUGGACAUCGGAGUGAGAUUCUUCAUCCCAUUCGUGGCGGGAAGAAUUGGAUGGGACAACAAGACUUUCUUCCUCUUUGGAGUCCUGGGAAUGGCCAUGGGAAGAGUAGUCUUGGCGCAUUUUCAAUCCUUCUGGAUUGUUGUGGCGGUUUUCUGCUGCAUUGGACUGGGAAAAGGACUCAGGACUGUCUUCAUGGCGCUCGUAUUACCAAGCUACGUUCCUCUGGAUCGACUUCCUGCCGCCACAGGACUGCAACUGCUGUUCGCAGGGAUAUUUUACUUCGCCGUCGGACCAUUAGUCGGUUUGAUAAGGGACGCCACUGACUUCCCCACAACUCUUCACUGCCUCAAUGUCGCCACGUACUUAACAGCACUGUCCUGGGGAUUCGAGAAGUACCUGCAAUGGCGCCGGGAGAGACUCAAGAAGCGCCAACUCGAGAGUGAUAGUUAGGAUAUUUCUCGCGGUCUGUGAUCACUGGAAAAGACUUGUAGGAAAAGAGUGGACAUUCUGUGAGAUAGUUUUAAGUCUGUAGAUGUGCAAUAAAAUCUUAAUGCGUUUCUG